UCAGCGUUUAGCUUCCAGUCGUUUAGAAUCAAACGCGGAUUAAACGAAGAAAUGCACUGAUCUAUAUAAAUAUAAGACUAUAUUAUAGAUCAGUGAAGAAAUGGCGCAUCUAUCGACAAAUCCCGCGGAUAAAGAGCGGUUUAUGUGCAUUUAUCCAGCAUACAUCAACAGUAAAAAGACAUUAGCAGAAGGCAGAAGAAUACCUGCAGAGAAGGCAGUGGAGAACCCGUCGUGUGCUGAGAUCCGGGACGUCCUGACCGCUGCUGGACUCAAUGUUCUGGUGGAGAACAAGAUGUAUCCGCGCGAAUGGAACCGAGACGCUCAGUUCAGAGGAAGAGUGCGCAUUCAGCUCAAACUCCAGGACGGAAGUCUGUGCCAAGACAAGUUUGCAUCUAGGAAAGAUGUGAUGUUUUAUGUGGUGGAGAUGAUCCCGAAACUGAAGAGCAGAACGCAGAAGAGCGGUGGAGCGGAGGCCGGAUCGCAGCAGGGAGAAGGAGGGAAGAAAGGAAAGAAGAAGAAGAAGUAGACGACUGAAGAUCAUCCGUCAUGUGUUUGCAAAGCGGCUCAGUUUUGCUUUCUCUUUGACGAUCGGCUGAUUUUAGUUUUUUAUUAUAAACACUCACUUUCAUUUGAGGUACCGCUGUUCUUUAGUUUUUUUAAUAUUUGAUGACCUCUAACACUUUGAACAGCGAGACAGAGGUGUUUCUGUUAAUUAGUGAUGAUGGAUUGUGUUUAAACGAGCGCUGACAGAGCUUGAAAUACAUCGGCGGCUCGUAUGACAGGAUCUUUCGACACGUCUGUGUGUCUGUCAGUGUGUUGUCCUUCAGCGCAGCUGUUCUCGUCUGCCCUCGCAUGAAUAUUUCCAUCUGAAUGUGUGAAAUAAAGAGAAUCGAGCAGCA